AAAGUAUGAGUUAAAUAAAAAAAAAGUGCACCGUUGGAAAGGCUUACCCAACCACUACUGCACUUGGUUCACUUCACCUUUACUCAUUCCCAAACACGGCAGAUACCGCUAGUAUUAGAACAGAAACAUACAGUGCUCAGUAAGAUGUGAGGUAUGGCUUGCAGGUCAAGAUUAGUCAAGACUGGAUAGCAAAGAUGUCCUUACAAUGGCUGUCAGAGGAGAAGUACUGGAAGGCCAUAUUGAUGGAAUGAUACGAUGGUCAUGGGAAGAAUAUGGUUUGGGAGUGAACUGUGUGAGUAACACUGCACAGUGUAUGGCAAUGAGCUGGACUGCUGUGAAGAGUGGCAUGGGAGGAGGUGGCUUAAUUGGCAGAAUGACUGACACUGAAGAGCAACGGGACAAAGUCACAGUGGUGGUUCUGGGAGAUCUUGGUCAUUCUCCACGGAUGAAUUACCACGCACUCUCUCUGUCCAAGGAGGGAUAUGAAGUGAACCUCAUAGGUUUUGCUGGUUCAAAGCCACAGAUAGAAGUAUUAAAUGAUGAGCAUAUUACUCUUACUUAUAUGAGACCCUUUCCAAGUUUCACCCUGCCAAGAUUUUUAGCAUUUGUUUUGAAAGUAAUGUGGCAAGCAAUCAUUCUGUUCUUCACGUUGGUGACAGCGCCAAGGAGUAAAAGUCUCCUCCUGCAGAAUCCACCAGGAGUUCCAGCAAUGCCUGUGUGUUGGUUUUAUUGCUUUGUCAGCAGAACGAAGUUCUUUGUGGACUGGCAUAACUAUGGAUAUUCUAUUCUAGCUCUCACACUUAGGAAGAAUCACCCUUUAGUGUUCAUUUAUCGCAUGACUGAAAAAAUAUUUGGAAAGCUUGCUAGUGGAGGACUUUGUGUGACUAAGGCAAUGAAAAUAGAUCUUGCGGAAAACUGGGGCAUCACAAAAGUGACAGUGUUGUACGACCGGCCAGCUGAGAGGUUUCAUCCAAUUACUAACGAAGAGAAACACGACCUUCUCAUGAAACUGUCAUCCACAUACCCAUGUUUCUCAAGUGACUCUCCAGACAAGACCGUCUUCACCGAGAGGUAUGCUGACGGCAGAGUUGCUGAGUGUGAGGACCGGCCAGCACUGGUGGUGUCCUCCACCAGCUGGACAGAAGAUGAAGACUUUUCUAUUCUCUUCUAUGCCCUACAAGACUAUGAACGUGUGCGACAGGAGUUCCCCAGCCAUUAUCCUCCACUCAUUGUUGCUGUCACUGGAAAGGGACCCAUGAAGUCUUACUACAGCUCUCUGAUUGCAGAACAGCAGUGGGCACACGUGGCUGUUAUAACACCCUGGAUGACGGCUGAGGAUUAUCCUAAAUUAUUAGCCUCAGCUGAUUUAGGAGUCUGUCUUCAUUACUCAUCCUCAGGUCUGGAUCUACCCAUGAAAGUGGUGGACAUGUUUGGAAGUGGCCUGCCAGUUGCAGCCAUUAACUACCCUGCACUCCCUGAGCUGGUACAUCACAAUGAAAAUGGGCUAAUAUUUAAAACCAAACAAGAGCUUGCCAACCUUCUUCAAGACUGGUUCCGAGGCUUUCCCAAGGAGACUGCCAUAAAGGAGACUUACUAUGACUUCUAUAAGAAUAUAGAUAAGUUUAGGGAGUUGAGUUGGCACUCGUGCUGGACCUGUAAUGCCCUGCCACUGUUUAGCCACAAGGAAGCAGUGACUCUGAAAGGCUAAGCAGAAGAGUGGCACCACAUGGAAUUGAGAUUAUUAUGAAGAGAAAACUGUGAUUGAGUGAUUAUAAUAGUAUCAAAACUCUUCCUGUAUUGGUUGUUCCAGCAUAAACAUCACAUGCACAGUCAGCAAGCCUGUUUCACUUUUGUAUUUUUCUUAGCUAUGUAAUAUGUGAAAUUCAAAGGCAGAUUUUGUGUUAUUAAUUAUUUUACAUAGAGAAAAACAGGUUAGUUCAUAUAUUUUUACACUUUUAUACUGUUUAACCAAAAUCUUGCUGAUGUUAAUCAGUUAUUUCAUCAUUAUUUUGGUAUAUUUGUGAUGAAUAACACAGGAAAGGAAAAUAUGCUGAGUAUACAUUCCAGAGUAUACUAUACUUUCUGCUGCGAAAGUCAUGAACAUGAAAAAUGUAAUCACGUAUCACUUGGAGUCAUCACGGUGGACAAAAUUAAAGAUAAUAUUCCUAACACUGUUGUGUAAAGACAUGGCAUGAACAGCUUCCCCUCAUUGCCUUUAGUACACUGCUGAAGAGUAUUUUCCUAUGAAUAUUUGUUAAGCAUGAAGUGUUGCUUGUUUGCUAUUUUUGUAGCUAUGUAGAUAUUGUUAUUAUUUGAUAUAAUGCAUGUUCUUAUUAAUAUAUAUACAUUAUGUA